AUGUCGCAGCGAAUGCCUGGCCCAGGCUAUUCGUCCAGCGUGCCGCCACCUAUUCACGCAUACCAACAGCAGCAACAACACCAACACCCCCCGCCGUCUCUUCUACCUCCGCCGCCAACGCAGCAUCAUCAUUCUUCUCAUGCUCCUCCUCCGCCACCACCGCCUUCUUCGUCUUCUCACUCGCUGUCCUCGCAUCAACACCACGCUCCUCCACCGCCCCAUCACCAUUCUCAACUUCCACCGUAUCCUCCAACUCAAUACCAACAGCCCCAUCAGAACCAAUACCCUCGACCUCACCCACUUCCUCCUUCGCGGAACGAUGAACCUCCUCCACCGUCCUCGGAGCCAUCGCCCAGCGAUCAGCACGAAAAGCCCAAAUACGAACCGCCGUUUGUCUCCAAAAUUGAGGAAGGCACGGGCCUGAAGUAUAGUCUCGAUGUGCAACAACAACCCAUACGUGCGCGCAUGUGCGGUUUUGGUGACAAGGAUCGCCGCCCGAUCACACCGCCGCCAUGUGUUCGUCUUGUAAUAAUAAACAGUGAGACAGGAAAGGAAGUUGACUACAACACCCUCGAUCAUGCCAUGUUCGUGCUGUCGGUCGAUCUUUGGGAUAAGGACGGUAUCAAAGAAGUGAACCUUGUCCGAUCCUCAACCGGGCCAGGCUCUGGGGCGUCCUCAAACAACUACUCUUAUUCAACUCUCGAGCCUAGCACGCCUUCUUAUCAGCAGCAAGCUCUUCCUCCAAGCCGCGAGUCUGGUUAUCCGCAGGGCCAGGGACUGGGGUACGGGCAGGAGUAUCCUCCGUCAGUGCAACAAGGCUAUGGGCAAGCACCGUCGUACCAGUCGAGCAGUUCCUACGGCCCGCCCCAGCAAUAUUUCCCGCGACAUAGCGGCUACAAUGCCGAUCCUCCCGCUUCAUCGGCCGGUCCUCCUUUCCGCAAUGGCUACGGCCAGGAUCAGAACGCACUUACCAGAAUGGCGGUGGUGGGAACCCAGCCCCAGGGAAUGUUUACGAGGAACCUGAUCGGGAGUCUGGCUGCAAGUGCAUUCCGUCUCAAUGACACCGACAAGAAAGCAGGUAUCUGGUUUGUUCUCCAAGACCUGAGCGUUCGCACUGAAGGCAAUUUCAGAUUGAGGUUCUCGUUUGUUAAUGUUGGAGGAGCCGGUGGUCUGCCAAUUCAUGUCAAUCAAGGUCGAGCACCAAUCCUGGCCUCGUGCUUUAGCCAGGACUUCAGCGUGUAUUCGGCCAAGAAGUUUCCUGGCGUGUGUGAAAGCACACCUUUGAGUAAAACGUUUGCGCUUCAAGGCAUCAAGAUCCCGAUUCGAAAGGAUACAAACAUUAAAGGUGAAGGCGACGAAGAGAUGAUGUACGAUCAGAACUGA